GUCAAUUCUCAGUGCUGAUCAUUAACAAUAAACCGUCAAGACUUGGGUGGAAUUCGACCAGUAAGCGUGAUUGGACGGUGAUUUUUCAGGGAUCUCAGAAAUCAGGAUAAUAUCGCGACACUCCGACAGCUAAUGAGAGAGAGGAGACGAACGGGAUUGACGCGAUGGAAUCGUCGGCAGCAACCGAAACGUACGACAGAGAGGCGAUACUCCGCAAGCUCGCAGGUGACGAGUGCUUGAGAAAAUAUCUUCUGAACAGCGCCAGAGAAUCGCGGAAGACCGAGACUCCGGAGACGAAGGCAUUCGAGGAAUCCGACGGCGAAUGCCUGGAAUCGGUUGUCGAAGAGCUGCGAGAAUUUUUAAAGCUAGUACCGGACCGACUGCUGCACAUGAUGACAGGAUUGUCUCGUCCCGGAGACUGCGGGAGACCCGCCGACCAAAAGCCCGACUGGCUCGACAUGGAAAAGCUACGACGAGGUCAGAAAUUUGCUCGGGAACACAGUUUCUCACUAUACUUUGGCGAGAUGGCUUCCCUGACGUGCACGUACUCCUUUCCGGACACACUCAAGCUGUUGAUUCUGACUGGAAAGUCCAACACGCGUUUUUUGGCCUUCAAAAGGUGGGCAUCAACUGCGAUACGGUUUCACCAUUGGUACUGUUACGAUCCCUGGUCCAAAGGAACGAAAGCUUGGAAGGACAUUUUGGCCGUUAGAGCGUCCCACGCUGCUGUAAAACGCAGAGUGGAUGCUUCUACAAAUGAAGAAACGGACGACGCUGCGAAAAUUCCAAACAUGUCGUGUCCGUCGCGUGAUAUAUUGCUGAAAGAUUUCUCCAAUGCUUGUGAAGUUCCUGGGGUUGGCCAGUGUCCUUUUCUGGUGAAGCCGAACGAUCCUGAUCGACCCAAGGGUCUCAAUCAAUUUGAAAUGUCGUUCACGCAGUGGCAACUUGUUGGAUUGGUCGUCUGCUACCCACAGCAUUUCGGAAUUCAUAACGCUACGGACGAAGACCUUGAAGCCUAUUGUCAUUUGUGGAGAAGCAUCGGCUACCAGCUGGGAACGGAAGAUGAAUUCAACUUUUGCCGUGGCAAUCUCGAUGAAAUUCGAAAAUUGAGUCAUGAUUUUCUCGAAAUCUGGGUGAAGCCUAAUUUGCGAGAAGUGACCCCUGAGUGGGAGCACAUGACGAGAUGUGUGUUCGAUGGUUUCAAACACCUUUUGCCGUACAUCGGCUUCGAAACUACCGUUCUCUUCGUUUGCGAAAUUCUUGAUCUGAAAAUGCCGCGGCUCUACUCGUCGUUGUCUUAUAAAGCCUGGAUUAGCCACUGUCUUAUGAAAUAUUUCCUUUACUAUGGGAUGAAACUCCCGAGGGUUGUCGAUUUCAUUAAUACGAAGCUGCAACGAUUCUUGGAUAUAGGCGAAAGACUCAGCCCCUCGGCUUGGGAAAAGAUACGAAUUAAAGUAGAAGGAUGUUAAUUUGAUUACCCGAUUAGUUU